AUGCAAGCGGUUCCAGACUCGAGCGGAAGCGAAAGUGAGCUGUCGCAGGAGGACUCCGGCAAGAUAGAGGAGCGAUUCGAUCUCCACCUUCGGAGAAGGUUGGGUGCAGCAUCCCGCAAGCCGUUUGCUGGUGCGAUCUGUGUCGAGCUGUUGUUCUGCGCAUUGAUGAGCAAGUGGGUGCGAGAGAAUGACGUGCACUUCUCGCCACUGGAAAGAUGGGUGCCGGUGGAUGAGCCGGAUUUGAUGAAGCUUUGCUGGGGAACCUUCAUCGUGACAGGCUUGGUGAGGGUGUUCUGUAUUUGCGGGCGUCCCCACGUCUUGAGCUCCCGUGUGCUGCGCAUCGGUGUAGAACGAAUCAUCUCGGAGACCCCAGCAGUCUACAUGCUGGCGGGUACGCUGCAGUGGGUGAUCUAUCUCUCUGCCUUCUAUGUGGAGUACGAUGCAGCCACGCCUGUUGAUCGUGUUCACGACGUGAGUAUGACCCUGCAGGAAGUCCCGACUUUUUUGGGCACACCUUUGGCCUCCUGCCUGCGCAAGAACAACUGGAGCUACGCGGCAUGUCGAGUGGGAGUGACGAAGAACUGUACGAUGCCAUACGAGCCUGAUCGGCACUACACAAAUGGAGAAUGCGUGGAAACAGUGGUCGUUUCCGGCCAGCAGUGUUGCGUCUUCGAGAAGGUCGUCCUCGGACAGCCACUGCUGGAAAUUGGAUUUCGGGUGGACGACCUGUUCAUGUUGGUAAAAUGGCUGGCGAUUCUGAUGUUGGGUUGGGUCGUGCGUGGGUGGGUUGCUACGCCCGCCGCCGCUUCCUUCACCAGUGGCGCCUGGCUGGACAUACUGGAUGCCGUGGUCUUUAGUGAGAACAUCCUCUCCCCUGCAGUUCGCCACCCUGCUUAUGGCAUUGAUUUCGAUGGCAGCAUGAGAUUGAAGAAGCCUGAGCUAUUUGUUUGCAUCUUCAUGACGUGGGUGGUGGCGUUCAGCACUGUCGUGCUGUCGCCUGUGCUGUUCACAGUCUUGAUGCCGGCAGUGGAGGGCCCCGAGCCCAGCACCGCCGAGCUGCAGAAAGAGCAGCUGCAGCGCCUGGAGGACAGCUUGGCUUGCUCGGACGAGCUUGAGGCACGAAACGCGACACAAGCCGUAUUGGAGUUACUCCGCCGACGCAGGAAAGAGCUGCAAGGAAGUGAUGGGCAUCCUGUUUGUGUUGAUGUUCCUGAUGCAUCGCGCAGCGAACAUCGCCGUGGGAGAAUUAUCGGCAGAGCUGCGGUGCAGCACAAUGCUGAGGCUUACCGGGUGAAGUUCACGGAUGGGCGACAUCCGCGCGAGGGGGUUGUCUCUUUGGAGCACAUCUAUCCCGACCAAGACCGCUUGGAGGAGGGAAGCACGAGCUGCUGCACGGGCUGGCUGACUUGCGACACGGAGGCCGAGCUGGAACGCUUCCUUCAGCGGGCGAAGCUGUUGGACGCCAUCCGCUCUCUGUUUUUGUUGGAGCUCCCCUUCUUGUGCUGGCGAAUUUACAUUGACUGGUAUACGGUGGACAUCGCCAACUCGCGGAUCCUAUUCAUCUUCAAAAACGCAAUCUGGGCAGUCAUUGACCUCCUAACGAUCCUCAGUUGCGGCGGCGAUGGUGGUGUAAUGUGCUCCUGUGCACCACUGAAACACGUCGGUGGCCUUGCAGAUACACAGCUGGGAAAAAUCUGGAUCGGUCCCGCCGGCUUGUUUCUGCUGAGCGCCCAAAUCGCCAGCUCUGCGCUUAAAGUCCGACUUCGGCGUCGCCGCGACAACUUGCUGCUCCAUCGUGCCUGGCUCCAAGCUGAGCGCAGCGCUCAAACUGGACCGCUGCAUGAUGCGAAGUUAAAAGAAGUGGCAAACCAAUUGAAUAUCCUCGACGAGAAGCAGAGCUUCGCCCAGCUGGCAUAG